AUGAACGUUGGACAGUUGCUGAGUCGCUUUAGCGGACAGUGGAAGCUUUUGGUCCUAUCGCUGUCCUCCGGAGUUUCUGGUGCCCAUCGAGCGCUGGAAGUUUUCAGACGGCAGCAAAGGGCCAACCCCGAGAGAUCACUGUCUGACUUCAUCGAAACACUCUGCCGAGACGAAGUUACCUGCCCAGGGAAGAAUGGGCAGACCCUUACCGUUAAACCCCUGGUGUGGCUCUUUCCAGGGCUGUUCAAGCAAAACUUGCUGACAUUCAUCUACCUGAGCCAGUCGCGGUUGCCCAAAGCCACUAUACUCCGUCUAGUCCAGUGUCUUGGUCAGGAGCCCUGUCCAAGUCCCUGGGUCACCGUAUGGAAGAAGCAACUGGAAAGAAACAUGGGCUCCUCGGUGGAAGAACCCCUUUACAGCUCAGUGUGCGCUCAGCGACUAGCAGCAUUGUCACGGCAAAUGGGUGGCGAGACCGGAGGGUGGUCAGAGUGCUCGGUGGUUCAGGUGGAAGAAACCAACACAUACUUGUCAGAAUUGGGAGCACAGAUAAAAAGGAAGGGACAUUUUGAUGUUUGUAAUGAUAGUGAACAAAUUCAGCAGCAGAACAAGAAAUUGAAGAUCGAUGAGAAUAUUGGCAGGCAAGCACUUGAUCACUACCGCGAUCCUCUCCCAGAAAAUAUGAUGACUGCAGAGAAGCUGGAGAUUGAUGCUUCUCGUGAGAUGCCAGCAUGGAAAAACUCCCAAGAUCCUCUGCCUGUACAAAUUGAGACAUCAGAAGAAUUAAAAACGCAAGCGCCAGGAAAGGAAAACACCUGUGAUCUUCUGCCCGAACACAUAAAGGUCUCAGUUCGUCAAAUAAAGGAAUUACUUCAACGUCAGACAGAGUUGGACCACUUCUCGCUUGAUGUAUUUAAAGUGCUGAAUGACUGUAAUGCUACACAAGUGGAAGUACUGUGUUGCGAGCUGAGUUUGUCCGACUUAGCGGAGCACACGCUGCUCCAGCUUUGCAGUACCAUCUUGGCUCUGUCCCCCGACCUCAGCUUCAGUACGGCAGUUACGCUCAUCAAGAGUUUGCUCCUGCAGAAGGUUUUAGCCCUCUCCGAGCCUGCCUCCAGAUGCCUUGUGAGUGCUGUCAUAUCACUUGGCAGCCGCUACACAAGAUCGAUGUGCCACGCUUUAAUUGAACCACUUUUAGAGCAGGAGAACUUGGGGAGUGCACAGGUUGAGCUCCUGAACAAACUAAUAGAAGGCUGUCUGGAUUCCCACUACAGGCUGCUCGUGCUUCAGAUUACCUUGAAAAUAUCGUGGAGUGAGACGCUGCUUUCUUUUAUACAUAGCUUGCUAGAAUCUAAGCCUGACAUGAAUGAAGAACUGUUCACAGAGCUGAUUGAACAUCUGAUUAGCCAAGCUCCUCUUUUCAUCAAAUCCGUCAAAUUUGCAAAAAUGAUGUUGACUGUCCUCACAAAAUAUGCCAGCCUUGUGAGUGCAUCGCAGAAACAUUCCCUGUCCGGUUGCCUGAUGCUGAAUGAGACGUUCCUAAAAAAGUCUCUUCAAGCCAUGUUGAAAAGAAUCCCAAACACAUAA